AUGGAGGAAAUGCUUGGGAAGGAGGAGCCGAAAAUUGGGAACGAGGGAAAGACAGAGCAUGCGUGUGGAUUACAACUGAGACAGUAUGAUAUUAACCACCUUGUUGCGUAUUGGAAUUAUGACAAAGAGGAGCGGCAAGGAGUCCGUAGAACGUUCGAUAAGAAAGUAGGCUGGUGGCAGAAGUGUAGAAAGAAAGAAGAAGGCAUUUGUUCAAUGCACGAUGCACAGAAAGUUAAGACUACCUACAAGGCUCUUAAGUGCUCGGCAUGUAAAGCAGUCGCGGAAGAAAUGAGACGAGAGGUUGAACACGAAUGGCAAACACGUGCCGGAGAGACCAUCCUUAUCGAGAAGAGAAAGAAGAAGACGAAAGUGCCAUACGUCGAGAGCGAACUCUCCGUGCAGGAAGCUGUAGAUCGUGUAUGCACAAUGGAUCAUCUCUUCGACAAGUACAACGUGACGUCGGUGAGCGGGAAAGCCGAGUACACGCGCAUGGAAACGUCAGUCGGCAACAAAGAAUACAAGAAUCAGCUGUUGGCCAUGUGCCAGAGUCUGAUUGCGGAGCACGAGCAUGACAUUGUAAAGUUUUUCUUCGAUGCCCGGACCUCGGGAUUGCUCGAAUCCAACAAGAAGACUGUCUGCUCUGAGAUUGCGAAGAUCUGUGCGCCGACAGAGUUCGAGGUCAAGGAAACAGCAGACGACAAAAAGGAGCUCUAGGCGACGGCAGACGUUUAGAGGCUGAUGCAUACCUCUAGCCUCUUUCUUGCUUCGUGUAUUCAGAGCCGUCAGCAUCCCCUCCCCUCAUGUCAUGUCC